AUGACGGCGCGAGGCAAGCAGCAGCAGCAUGCCUUGCUCCCUUCCUCCUUAAUCUCCUCCGUCAACCCCGCGACUUUCUUCUCCAACCGCCCCGUGCGGCUCGUAUUCGUCGGGGGGAGACCGGAAGGGGGAGCGGUAAGGGGAGCGGAAGGGGGAGGGGGAGCGUUGGGAGGAUGGCAGCAGGGGGACAGGGGCGAGCCUGUGCGCGUGCUUCAGGCGGAAAUCGCUCGCUAUAGGGAGGGUCAGAGGGGCGUGAUUGCAACGGGGCUGGACCAUGACGGGGGGCGAGGGGACGGGGGAGGUUUGGCAGGGGGAGGGAAGGCGCAAGCUGGGGAGAUGGGCGGAGGUAUUCUGAGAGGAGAGGAGGGAGAUGGCGGGGAAGCGGACGGGGCCGCAAUGGCUGCUUUCAUUCCCUCUUUAUCCGACGCAGAUGGUGACACGUCAGAAGAGGCGUUCGCCCAAUCGGAGAAGGAGAAAGCCCAGCUGGCUGCUGAGCUGGCAAAGGUGCGAGGUGCUGGAGGGGGGGCUGGGGGAGUGGCAGCAGCAGCAGCAGCAGCAGGGGGGAGUGCAGCGGCACGGUCGCCGGGGUUUGGGCUGUGCAUGGCGACGACAGCGGAGAUGCGGCGCUAUCUCAACUACACCAAGCGUGCCGCCUGCCCCCACGACUGGCGCUUCGUCGAGCACCUCUGCUUUGCCCGCAACUGCCUGCACCUCCCCCGCCGCCGCUGCCGGGCUACUGCGCUCACUCCCCCGGAUUUUCAAGAGUACAGUCUGGGUUUCCCGGCGGCUGUUUUCGCGAAAGACGCACUGCGAGACGAGAACGUGCGGUGGGGGGAGGGCAUGCGGUGCGGGUCGUACAAGGAGUGCGUGGAGGUGAGUAAGGAGGAGGGCGCAGUGUGCAAGGGGUGCUUUGACGUGGAAUUAGAGCAGCACUGGUGGGAUAAGAGCGUGUCCGGCACCAUUCCCCUUAAAGCCUUCCUCAAGCUGAAGCCGCCGGGUGCGCUGAGGAUCGGGCUGGAUGUGGGAGGCGGUACGGGGGGCUUCGCUGCGGUGAUGGCUCUGCACAACAUCACUAUUAUCACCACAGGGAUGAACACAGAUGGCGGACGUGAAGACGAGAAAGCUGUUCCAUACAUGCAGACAAUCGCGCAGCGGGGCUUGGUCCCUCUGUACUUGCCACACUCCGCUCCGCUCCCGUUUUUCGACAACACUUUGGACCUCAUUCACACGCUCAACAGCAUUAAGUACCCGCACUUAGCUGAGUUCGAGGCGAUGUUAUACGAGUGGGACAGGGUGGUGAGACCGGGCGGGCUGUGGUGGAUAGAGAUGUUCUACGCGCCCGACAGGGAGAUGAAGGCGUAUGUGCAAGCGCUGGAGGCGUUUGGGUAUGGCAAGCGGUACUGGAGCCUGGCGAGGAAGCAGCGCCCUUCGGAGCGCAAAGGGAACCACUUUGUGCUCACGUGUGUGCUGGAGAAACCGCUGAAGCUGCAAGCGUGA